AUGUCGUCUCAGCAGGCUCUCAAUGCCCUUGGCCACGCCGUAUCUGGCUCUGUAGGGACGGCCAUAUCAACAGCAUCACUGUACCCAUUGGACCUGGUUACGACUCGACUCAAGGCGCAACGAAAGACGGGAGGCUCUACAGGCGACUACGAUGGUGUCGUUUCAGCUUUCAAAGGCAUCCCCGCCAACGAAGGAGGGAUCAAGGCACUGUACAGUGGACUGGGAACGGAUGUGGCCAAGUCGGUCGUGGACAGUUUUCUAUUCUUUGGAUUCUACAACUAUCUACGCCCUCGACAUCGCAAACCCAAGAUUGUCGAAGAGCUUCUUGUGGGCGCCGUCGCUGGAGGGUGCGCUAGAGCUCUCACCACCCCCAUCUCGAAUGUUGUCACGCGGAAGCAGAUGUUGGGGAGUGAUCAGUCGCUUCUGGAGAUUCUCUCCGAGAUUAGAAAGGAAAGCGGAUUGCUAGGUCUCUGGUCUGGCUACUCGGCUACCCUGAUGCUCACUCUGAAUCCCAGCAUCACCUUCUUUGUCAAUCGACGGCUAGCAGCGCGGAUCUUGCCAGCCCUCGAAGAAGAGGACUUUCCAGUGGCAUGGAUCGCCUUUUUGAUUGCCGCCUCGAGCAAAGCUACUGCCACUGCCAUCACAUAUCCUUUCCAGACAGGCAAGACGCGCCUUCAAAUGGCGGGCAGCUCCUUGAGCACGGCGGACGCUGAUGUAGAGGCACGGCAGAGCGGAAAUUCGAAGCGACAGCAUGUACUGCGGAGGAUGCUUGAUCUUCUCAAUCAGUCCAUAUUUGGCGUCAUUAUUCGCAUCAUUACCAACGAGGGUAUGGAAGCACUCUACGCUGGACUUCAGGGAGAGCUCCUCAAGAGCUUCUUCAGUCACGGAUUGACGAUGCUCACCAAGGGCGUAAUUCAUCGGUUUGUUGUUCGUGUAUGGGUAAUGAUGCUGUUGCCCUAUUUGCGACAGCGAAGUCUGCGGAUGAGGUGA